AUGACAUCAUCUGAAACUACCGAUAACGUUCCAGCAUGUUCAUCCUGCACAUCCUUAAAAUCUCAAAACGAGUUUAAAGAUAUCCUGAUUUUCAAAUAUCACAAAAUUUCUCAAGCUCAAGAUGAACUUAUCCAAGCUCAAAGAAAUUUAAUCAAAGAUUUGUUAAAAAAUCGAAGUACUAAUCUUGACUUUAGUUAUACUACGCCUAUGAUUGGUGAAUUAGAUUAUUAUAAUGAAAUUAACUAUAUUAAAUCUUUGAGCUGUGAUAUUCAAACAUCCGGUUCAAACGAUUGGUGUAGAGUUUAUAUCGGUGCUGUUACAGAUGAUAUAGAUGAAAUGACUUUACAGCAAUGCCUUGAACGUGCUUUCGGACAAGUUUCUUGGCUAGAAAUUGUCCGUGCUAGGGUAUGA